AUGGUCUCUAGCGACCGGCCCGUGUCUCUGGAGGACGAGGUCUCCCAUAGUAUGAAGGAGAUGAUUGGAGGCUGUUGCGUUUGCUCAGACGAGAGAGGCUGGGCCGAGAACCCGCUGGUUUAUUGCGACGGGCACGGCUGCAGCGUCGCGGUGCAUCAAGCUUGCUAUGGCAUUGUUCAAGUACCCACUGGACCAUGGUUUUGCAGGAAGUGUGAAUCUCAGGAAAGAGCAGCUAGAGUGAGAUGUGAACUGUGUCCUCAUAAGGAUGGAGCUUUAAAAAGAACAGAUAAUGGGGGUUGGGCUCAUGUGGUUUGUGCCCUGUAUAUUCCAGAGGUACAAUUUGCCAAUGUUUCUACAAUGGAACCAAUUGUUUUACAGUCUGUUCCACAUGAUCGUUAUAAUAAGACUUGCUACAUUUGUGAUGAACAAGGAAGAGAAAGCAAAGCAGCCACUGGUGCUUGUAUGACAUGUAAUAAACAUGGAUGUAGACAAGCUUUCCAUGUGACAUGUGCUCAGUUUGCUGGACUACUUUGUGAAGAAGAAGGAAAUGGUGCAGAUAACGUCCAAUACUGUGGCUACUGUAAAUACCAUUUUAGUAAGCUGAAAAAGAGCAAACGGGGAUCUAAUAGGUCAUAUGAUCAAAGUUUAAGUGAUUCUUCCUCUCACUCUCAGGAUAAACAUCAUGAGAAAGAGAAAAAAAAAUAUAAGGAAAAAGACAAACACAAACAAAAACAUAAGAAGCAACCAGAACCAUCACCUGCAUUGGUUCCUUCUUUGACUGUUACUACAGAAAAAACUUAUACGAGCACUAGCAGCAACUCUAUAUCUGGAUCAUUGAAGCGCUUGGAAGAUACUGCAGCACGAUUUACAAAUGCAAAUUUCCAGGAAGUUUCUGCGCAUACAACGAGUGGAAAAGAUGUUUCAGAGGCUAGAGUGUCAGAGGGAAAAGGGAAGAAAUCUUCAACUCACAGCUCUGGUCAAAGGGGAAGAAAGCCUGGUGGAAGAAAUCCAGGAACGGCUGUGUCAUCUGCUAGUCCUUUCCAGCAAGAAAUUUCCAUGCAGUAUCGGCAUGAUGGAGCUUGUCCAACAACUACUUUCUCAGAGUUGCUGAAUGCAAUACACAAUGGUAUUUAUAACAGCAAUGAUGUAGCAGUAUCAUUUCCAAAUCUAGUAUCUGGCUCAGGAUCUAGUACUCCUGUCUCCAGUUCUCAUUUACCUCAGCAGUCUUCUGGGCAUUUGCAACAAGUGGGAGCUCUGUCCCCGUCAGUGGCGUCAUCUGCAACCCCUACAGUUGCUACAACUCAGGCAAAUGCCCUAUCUGGAUCUUCUCUUAGUCAGGCACCAUCUCAUAUGUAUGGCAAUAGAUUAAAUACAAAUUCUUCAAUGGCAGCUCUUAUAGCUCAGUCUGAAAACACUCAAACAGAUCAGGAUCUUGGAGACAAUAGCCGCAGCCUCGUUGGCAGAGGAAGCUCACCCCGAGGAAGCCUCUCACCCAGAUCCCCUGUAAGCAGCUUACAGAUUCGCUAUGAUCCACCAAGCAACAGCAGUUUGGAAAAUCUGCCUCCGGUAGCAGCCAGCAUAGAACAGCUUUUGGAGAGGCAGUGGAGUGAAGGACAGCAAUUUUUAUUAGAACAGGGUACUCCUAGUGACAUUUUAGGAAUGCUGAAAUCAUUACACCAACUUCAAGUUGAAAAUCGAAGAUUAGAAGAACAAAUUAAAAACUUAACUGCCAAAAAGGAACGCCUUCAGUUGUUGAAUGCACAGCUCUCAGUGCCUUUUCCAGCAAUAACAACAAAUCCUAGUCCAUCUCAUCAAAUUCAUGCAUUUUCAGCACAGAAUGCUCCUACUACUGAUUCCUUGAACAGCAGUAAGAGCCCUCAUCUAGGAAACAGCUUUUUACCUGAGAAUUCUCUUCCUGUAUUAAAUCAGGACUUAACCUCCAGUGGACAAAGCACCAGCAGCUCAUCAGCUCUUUCUACUCCACCUCCUGCUGGGCAGAGUCCCGCUCAGCAGGGCCCAAGCAUUAGUGGAGUUCAGCAGGUCAAUGGUGUGACGGUGGGGGCCCUGGCUAGUGGAAUGCAGACUGUAACAUCCACCAUUCCUGCGGUUCCUGGAGUGGGUGGGAUAAUUGGAGCUUUGCCAGGUAACCAACUGGCAAUUAAUGGCAUUGUAGGAGCUUUAAAUGGGGUUAUUCAGACUCCUGUCACAAUAUCCCAGAACCCUACCCCCCUCACCCAUACAACUGUACCACCUAAUGCAACUCAUCCAAUGCCAGCUACACUGACUAACAGUGCCUCAGGACUAGGAUUACUUUCUGACCAGCAAAGACAAAUAUUUCUUCAUCAACAGCAAUUUCAGCAGUUGUUAAAUUCUCAACAGCUCACUCCAGAGCAACAUCAGGCCCUUCUGUAUCAGUUAGUGCAGCAGCAGCACCACCAGCACCACCACCAGCCUGAACUGCAGCAGCUACAGAUCUCUGGGCCAACACAGAUACCGAUCAACAACCUGCUUGCAGGUACUCAGGCACCACUUCACCCAGCUACCACCAACCCAUUUCUCACCAUCCAUGGCGAUAAUGCAAGUCAGAAAGGAACAAGACUUAGUGAUAAAUCUGGGCCAGUUGCUCAAGAGAAAAGUUGA